AUGGACAGUCCUGGGACUGACGUGACUCUGGAGUUGGACAGCUGGAUCGAUAAGUUCUGUCUGGACGCUGACGUCUUUGUGCUUGUGGGAAACGCAGAGUCGACGCUGAUGAACACGGAGAAACUUUUCUUUCACAAAGUCAGUGAGAGAAUUUCCAAACCGAAUAUCUUCAUCCUGCACAACAGAUGGGACGCUUCAGUCACCGAACCCGAGUACAUGGAGGAGGUGAGGAAGCAGCACUUGGACCGCUGUGUGAGUUUCCUGGCUGAGGAGCUGAGGGUGGUCGGUCUGGACGAGGCUCCGGGGAGGAUCUUCUUCGUCUCAGCUAAAGAGGUCCUGAGCUCCAGGAUGCAGCGAGCGCAGGGCAUGCCUGAGACAGGUGGCGCUCUGGCUGAAGGUUUCCACGACAGACUGAGGGAGUUUCAAAGCUUUGAGAGGACGUUCGAGGAGUUCAUCUCUCAGUCUGCGGUGAAAACCAAGUUUGAGCAGCACACGGUGACAGCGUGGCAGAUCACUGAGGCCAUCAAAGCUGUGAUGGACGACAUCAACAUCGCCUCUGCUGACAGAAAGAUCUGCUGCCUGGAGGAGCGAGAGGAGCAGAGGGACCGGCUGGACUUUGUCCGAGGACAGAUUAACCGUCUGAGCGACAACGUGAGAGAUAAGAUCAAGACUCUGAGUGAUGAUGUCGCUGCCAAGGUGACCUCAGCUCUCUCAGAUCAGACUCGUUCACUUCCUGUCCUGGUGGAGGAGUUCAGGUGCGACUUCAGUCCGACACAUGAGACUCUGCAGAUCUAUAAAACUAAGCUGCUCCAGCACGUGGAGGAGAGGCUGGUCGGCUGUUUGGCUCAUCGCUGCUCCAUCAGCAUCCUCAGAGACAUUAGGGACACCCAGAGACACAUGAUCGACAGCGUCCGUCCUCUGCUGUCUCUGUCUGUCCAGGAGCAGCUCUCUGCUUCCUCCUCCAGCUCCUUCGAGCUGACCUAUGACCUCGGCCUUGCUGUCCUCUGUGCAGAUUUUCAGGAGAACAUCGAGUUUCAGUUCUCUCUGGGCUGGACCGCCCUCGUCACUCGCUUCAUCGGAGCCGCCAACGCAAAGCGAGCACUGGGCAGCUGCGAGCCGCGGCCUCAGGAUGCCUCCAGCUUUAAGGAUGAGAUGGUGGUUUCCAUAGCGACAGGCCUUGUCUCUGUCACCUCCCGAGCAUCAAUGACGGUUCUGGUGAUCGGUGGAGUG